UCCCUCCAUUCGUUAGGCUUUCUAGCAUAACUCUCUCUAAAUUCUCGGUGGUGGUGGCGGAGAUUGUUACAGAGAGAGAGAGAGAGAGAGCUCUGAAUUUUCGUGGACGUUAGAGAGAGAAAGAGGAGUGAGAAACUGUUUAAAAGCUUGUCCUCCUGGCAAAAGCUUCUGCAUCUUUUUUUGGUAGUAUCGUUGUUGUUUCUUGGCUGAAAAAAAAGUUUAGAGAUAGAAGGAGCAGAAGCCAUGGGUGAUGCUACUGGUAAUGGUGGACCUAAGCUUCCGAUUCCUGGCAUGAGAAAUAUUAUGAUUACAAGCGCCCUUCCAUAUGUUAACAACGUUCCCCAUCUCGGCAACAUAAUUGGCUGUGUAUUGAGCGCUGAUGUUUUUGCUCGGUAUUCCCGUCUUCGUGGGUACAACACGAUAUACAUGUGUGGAACUGAUGAGUACGGAACAGCUACUGAGACCAAGGCCCUUGAAGAGAAUUGCACUCCUCAGGAGAUUUGUGACAAGUAUUAUGCAAUCCACAAUGAGAUCUAUGAAUGGUUUGAUAUAAGCUUUGACAAGUUUGGACGUACAUCUUGUCCUGAUAACACUGAAAUUAGCCAUGCGAUAUUCCACAAACUGUUGGAGAAUAAUUGGCUUUCCGAAAACACAAUGCAACAGCUCUAUUGUGAUACAUGCCAGCGAUUUCUGGCUGACAGACUUGUGGAAGGAGCAUGCCCUACUCCUGGAUGUGGUUAUGAAGAUGCUCGUGGUGAUCAGUGUGAAAAAUGUGGGAAGUUGUUAAAUCCGAACGAACUGAUAGAUCCCAGAUGCAAGGUCUGCCGCAGCUCCCCUCGCAGUCGCGAUACUAACCAUUUAUUUCUAGAACUUCCAUUACUGAAAGAUAAGUUAGAAGAGUAUGUCAAGACUACAUCAGUGGCUGGAUCUUGGAGCCAAAACGCAAUCCAGACUACGAAUUCUUGGCUAAAGGAAGGAUUGAAGCCCCGUUGCAUCACGAGAGAUCUGAAAUGGGGUGUUCCUGUCCCUCAUGAAAAAUUCAAAGACAAGGUUUUCUAUGUGUGGUUUGAUGCACCAAUCGGAUAUGUGGCAAUAACUUCAAGCUAUACAUCAGAGUGGGCUAAAUGGUGGAAGGAUCCUGAAAAUGUUGAGUUGUUUCAGUUUAUGGGCAAGGAUAAUGUUCCAUUUCAUACGGUUAUGUUUCCUUCAAUGCUUUUUGGAACUGGCGAGAACUGGACACUGAUGAAGACAAUUAGUGUUACAGAAUAUUUAAACUAUGAAGCGGGAAAAUUCUCCAAAAGCAAGGGUGUGGGAGUUUUUGGUAAUGAUGCCAAAGAUACAAAAAUACCUGUUGAAGUUUGGAGAUAUUAUCUGCUCACAAACAGGCCUGAGGUGUCAGACACUUUAUUUACGUGGACAGACUUGCAAGCCAAACUGAACAACGAAUUGUUGAAAAACCUUGGAAAUUUUAUUCAUCGCGUCCUCAGCUUUAUUGCCAAACCUGAAGGAGAAGGCUAUGGUUCUGUCAUUCCUGAUGCACCAAAUGCAGAUUCACAUCUACUUACUAAAAAGUUAGCUGAGACUGUGGGUAACCUUGUUGAGCAGUUUGUCGAAGCAAUGGAGAAGGUCAAGCUCAAACAAGGUUUGAAAAUUGCAAUGAGCGUCUCUAGUGAGGGGAAUGCAUAUCUACAAGACAACCAAUUCUGGAAGCUCCACAAAACAGACCCUACUUCUUGUGCCACUGUAAUGAAGACUUCUGUUGGGCUUGUGCAUCUUCUUGCUUCUCUUCUUGAACCUUUCAUGCCUUCUUUCUCUCGUAAGGUUGUUGCACAGCUUAAUUUGCCUUGUGAAAGCCUUUCCAUUUGCAAACAAAAAGGAGAUGCUGCAAGGGAAAGGAGACCUUGGGAUAUAGUACCUGCAGGGCAUAAAAUAGGGAAGCCAGAGCCUCUAUUCUUUGAGAUGAAAGAUGAUGAAGUAAACGACUACAGAGAGAGGUUUGCUGGAAGCCAGUCUGAUAGGGCUGUAAAGGCAGAAGCUGAAGCACAGAAGAUCGCUGAGCAUCUUAAGAAAACUACAGUUUCAGAUGGAACCACUAAGAAAAAGGGCCAAUCCAAGUUGCCUGCAGCAGAAAAAGAGAAACUGAAGGAGGUAGAGAUUUCAGUUGCAAGACUUGAUAUCCGUGUGGGUCUCGUAACCAAAGUCCAGAAGCAUCCAGAUGCUGAUUCCUUAUAUGUGGAAGAGAUCGAUGUGGGUGAAGAAUCUCCUCGAACUGUUGUCAGUGGCCUUGUCAAGUACAUUCCUCUUGAGAAGAUGCAGAAUCGGAAAGUUUGUGUCCUUUGUAACCUGAAACCAGCAACCAUGCGGGGGAUAAAAUCACAAGCAAUGGUUCUUGCUGCCUCCACUGAAGAUCACACUAUUGUCGAGUUGGUUGAUCCACCAGAGAACGCACGAGUUGGAGAGAGGGUUACAUUCCCAGGGUUUUCAGGUGAGCCUGAUGAAGUGCUGAAUCCAAAGAAGAAGGUCUGGGAAACCGUUCAAGUUGACUUACGGACAACUGAAGAUCUUGUGGCUUCGUACAAAGGUGUUCCUUUCACAACAUCAGGUGGUGUAUGCAAAGUUUCUUCAAUUGCUUGUGGAUCAAUUAGGUAGGUGAAUUACUUGAUAUAUGAAUGAUUUGAGAUGUUGAUGCUACUGCUAGUGCUGCUUUAAAGCACAAGCUUGCAUUAGCCACAUUUUGCUAGUUAUAUGAUUGGUAGUUUGAGUCACAAUAUCCACACUGUUUAUUGGAAAGAAAUGGAAAGAGGAAAUAAUUUAUUCCAUGUACACGGGUUUCGGGCAAAUUUUGGGUAUUGUUCGUUUGGUAGAGAAAAUAGUUUUCUCUGUUAUAUUAUGGUUGUUAGCUUACAGAAGCUGGAUUCUUCAUCGAGCUUGAGUUGAUGUGGAACACUUGAUAUUUCUUUUUAGUCUGUGAUGUGAUUUAAUACAAGGACUUGUGUCCUGCUUCAUAUAUGUUCACAGCGAAAUUUGUGCUUCUUCAUUCA